GACGUGCGGGAGAAACGCGCGCGAUACGCAAAACACCUACCGGGGCGGGGAGCCUGGAAACAGCCGGUGUGCGCGUUCGUUCGGGCGGGGUGACUGGGUGCGGACGCAGGUUGGAACCGAAAAGAGCGGAGUCGGCAGAGAGAGAGAGAGAGGGAGACAAAAAAAAGGGGGCAAUGGGGCGGGAGAGGCACACUCUCAAACUGUCCAUCAUAUCAUAGAGGCGGGGAGGGGACCCCGGUAGGAAAUAAACCGUAAGCACGCGCGGCGCCAGGUGUAAACCGCAAUGGUCCCCCCCCGGUGGAGUUAAACCGGCACUCGGCCCAUCACACUCAUUGUCGUUAAUGGGCGGCGGGAGAUGGGGUCUUUACCCAAUGUCCUAAAUCGGUGUUAGUGGCGGCGGUGUGUCCUACCCGCCGCGGCCCCUGUUUAACUCUAAUCCUCCCGGGGCUGCUACCGGCGCCGCCUCCUCUUCCUCCGCCUCUUUUGUGUGUGUGCGUGUGUUUUUUUUCCACACUCUAUCUCUCUGUCAGUGUCUCCCUCCCUCCCUCCCGGCUCCACAAACUGCCAGACCCCUCCUUGUUAUGCAGGAUGAUGACCUUCUGAUGCCGGACAGGACGACAGACAUCAGCCUCAGCGCGACUCGCCCAGCUCCGACCUCCUCCGGCCGCCCGGUCUCCGCACCGCCAGCCCGUGGUUUCAGUCGCCAGCGGCGGCAGCAGCAGCAGGAGGAGGAGGGAGACAUCACCAUCACCCAGUGUCCGGACAUCCUGACCAUACCGAGUCAUCCUCCUCCUCCUCCUCCUGUUUCUCAGCUCCGAGGCCGCCCCCUGCCUCUCAGCCCCGGGGAGGAGGAGGAGGAGGAGGGAGGCGGGGACACGGACAGACUCUCCUCCACCGAUGCCGCUCUGAAGUUUGCGGAGAGCAGCCAGCAGCACCGCGGCGGCCACAGGCUGAUGGAGUCUCCCGGUAACAUGACGGCGGCUAAUGGCGGCGGCAUCGGGAUGUUACCGGGACUCGGCGCCGGCUUUCAGCAGCAGCAGCUCCACCAUCACCCGGACGGCAGCAGCAGCGGCGGAGGGGUAUCCGCCGGCGGAGGCGCCGGCAGCAGCAGCAGCAGCGGAGGCAGCAGCAGCAGUAACGGCUCCUCGCCCUCUCCGGUCGCCGCUCUCACCGGCUUCGGCACCGCCUGGUCGCCGGCUCCCGCCGCCCAAGUCAGCACUCCGCCCGCCUCUGCCGCCGCCAAUACCCCGGCACUGUCGGCCGCCGGCCCCGGAACCUGCCCGGUGCCUAACUCCGCUGAAGACAGCUUUUUCCACGGCAUCCCCUCCAUUAACGGCACGGUCCUCUUUCAGAGCUUCGCCGGGAUGAGCCAGGGUUACGGCGGGGGAGGAGGCGGAGGCACUAACUUCUCCCCCUUACCUCAGCAGCAGCAGCAGAGCCGGCGAUCUCCUGUCGGCCUUCACCAUCACCAUCACCCCCAACACCAGGCCGCUUUCCCUCACCAGAGGAGCACCUACAACCACCAUCAGCCCAUAAUGAAACAGUCUCCAUGGAACAGCCACCAGAGCAGUGGCUGGAGUGCAGGAGUGUCCUGGGGAGGCAUGCAGACAAGGGAUCACCGCAGAUCUGGAGGUGUAGGAAUGCCAACAACCAUGAACCAAAUCUCUCCACUGAAGAAACCUUUUUCCAGUAAUAUUAUAGCACCACCCAAAUUUCCUCGGUCAGCUCCAACACUGCCACCAAAAUCUUGGAUUGAAGACAAUGUUUUCAGGACGGACAACAAUAGCAACACUCUGUUACCUUUACAGGAUCGCACUCGUCUAUAUGACUCCCUAAACAUGCAUUCACUUGAAAACUCACUUAUUGACAUAAUGAGGGCUGAACAUGAUCCACUGAAAGAAAAGGACCUUGUAGUGAAUGAAACCAUUGAGCAGAACCAAUGGGUCUUUCCUCUCCAAGCGAGUCCUGCAAGAAAAAAAGGAAUGUCACGCAUCCUCUUGGCUCUGAGGGAGCCGGAUCAGUGUCAAGGGCUCUUUCCAUGUCGUCUAGGAUAUCCACAUCCAGGAACUGACAAUUUUCUAAUGAUUAAUGCAAGAAGUUAUGGGCGAAGACGAGGCCGUUCCUCAUUGUUCCCCAUAGAAGAUGGUUUUCUUGAUGAUGGACAUGGUGAUCAGGGAGUCCCUGGGGUUCUGAAUUCUGUUAAUUGCUGCUCUUCUCACCAGAAUGGGGAACGAAUUGAACGAUACUCACGUAAAGUAUUUGUUGGUGGCCUUCCCCCAGAUAUCGAUGAAGAUGAAAUUACUGCCAGUUUUCGUCGUUUUGGACCUUUGGUGGUUGAUUGGCCCCAUAAGGCCGAAAGCAAAUCUUAUUUUCCACCAAAAGGUUAUGCGUUUCUUCUGUUUCAGGAGGAGAGUUCUGUCCAGGCUCUAAUUGAUGCUUGUAUUGAAGAAGAUGGCAAACUCUACCUUUGUGUUUCAAGUCCCACUAUCAAGGACAAGCCAGUUCAGAUCCGACCAUGGAAUCUAAGUGACAGUGACUUUGUAAUGGAUGGUUCACAGCCUCUUGAUCCACGCAAAACCAUUUUUGUAGGAGGGGUUCCUCGCCCUCUGAGAGCUGUGGAGCUAGCUAUGAUUAUGGAUCGUCUUUAUGGUGGGGUAUGUUACGCAGGGAUUGACACUGACCCAGAACUGAAGUACCCGAAAGGUGCAGGUCGUGUAGCCUUCUCAAAUCAGCAGAGCUACAUAGCUGCCAUCAGUGCUCGAUUUGUUCAGCUACAGCAUGGAGAUAUUGAUAAACGGGUGGAAGUUAAGCCAUACGUGCUAGAUGAUCAAAUGUGUGAUGAGUGCCAGGGUGCUCGAUGCGGUGGAAAAUUUGCUCCAUUUUUCUGUGCCAAUGUCACUUGUCUGCAGUAUUACUGUGAAUUUUGUUGGGCAAACAUCCACUCUCGUGCCGGCCGGGAGUUCCACAAACCGCUGGUGAAGGAGGGGGCCGACCGCCCUCGACAGGUUCACUUCCGCUGGAGCUGAACAUAACAUUCAGGCACCUGAAGGAUCAUGACAGAUGAAAAGAGGAGAGUGCAUGAGGCUUAAAAAGGCUGAAGAAACCAUGAAUAGUUAGGAGAAAUAAGUGCAUUCUUCUGCCUCCUACCCCAGCUCUCGAUGCAUACAUCAUAUAUAGCAGCUAAUACACUACAGGCCUCUGUUUGUCACCAAAACCCUGCAUCUCAGGCUUUACUAACUUUUUUGAGGUACUUUCAUGUUUUUGGAAAAAAGGAUUUUUUGUAGUUUUUUCAAGUUAUUUUUUUAUAUAAGAAAAACUUAAAAUUAGAAGUGAGAAUGUUGCCACUUAGGGGCGCACAGUUUGCUGCUAUCUUUAAUGGGUGGAGCAUGCACUUAUUUCCAGAAGCUCAGUUUCAUCUCCAAGACCUGUCCCUAGUAAUUUUACCAAAGGUAGCAAAUAGUAGGAGGCAAGUUUAGCUAUAGAUGAGUGAUUUCUGCCACACAAAAUUUUAUUUUUUAAUGUUGCUAUUUGCAAUGUAUACACAAACUUUUUAAAAACAAAAGUAGGGUUACGUUUUUGCUCUCCAUUUUGACUUGCAAGAAAUAAUACCUCAAGAGACUGAUCUGGUUUAACAAUUUUAGCAUUUUUAUUAUUCUUGAGCUACAAUAGAAGCUUUGCUGCUAUAUAGGUAUGUUAAAUGCCAGAACAUGCAGUAACAAAAUGGGAUCAGAAACAUAAUUAUAGCAGCUGCAUUAUGGAAGAAUUAGAUGCAGACAGCAAUGGCCUAGACUGCCACAGAUUAGAAUGUGAAUUUAAACAAUUGCAUGUUUACUUGUACACCUUAUGCAUGCACUAAAAGUAUAUUCAUACAUGUUCCUUCACAGCAAUGGAUGUGAUGUCAGUUUUUGGCAAGCAUUCAGAAAAACUAGUUCGCAUGAAUGAAAGGUACAACAAUAGCUUAAAAUAAAAAGAGGAAAAAAAAUCUAACUUGCAUGCAUUAAUGUGACUCCUGUAACAAGAAUGUCCUACUGCUACACUUUGUGUACAUUAUGCAAAAUAGCUUUUAGAGUAGAUGUGCAGCCACUAUUGUAACCUGGUGGGUUGUGGAGUUUGAUUUUUGCAGACUGGAUGUAAUCUCGUAUUCCUUGUGCAAUCUUGUUAAUAUGUGUGUUUUUGUUUAGUGUUGUAAGUUGCUGUCCUAAAUAUAAAUUUAAAAAGUAGAUAGAAUUCUAAAACAAAUUAGUACAUGGUAAACAAUGGGAUAAAAAGCUUUUGAUUUCAUUGCCCCUUUCAUAAAACUCUUUGGUACAAUGGCUCAGACUUCCUCUAAAAACCAAAGAUGGCCAGCACACUGCUAAACAAUCACCAAACUCCAAGCCCCUCCAAAAAUGUUAUAAAAUGGUACUGAUUACAUCACACAAGUUACAUGAUUUAGCAAACUAGCCAUUUUAAAGUCAAAAUGGAGAUGACUAUGGUGUUAAAUUAACCUGGUUUGACAUUAAAGCAUUGAAUUUCUCUGCAGUUUAACCACACUAGAAUGAAAAAUGUAUUGUAAGCUGCUGAAAGUUAUGCGGGUGUCAAUUAUUUAUUCAAUAAAGGUGAUCAUGCCAUUACAAGCAUUUACUGUAUAGAACAACUGUAUAUAAUCCUUAGGGACAAUCUUUUUAUGUAAGCAAGAUGUUGGUCUUGAACAUUUGGUGGUCUCCUGAUGUGCUUUUGUGUAUGUAGUUUAUGUCUAACUCUGCUGUUUAUAGUGAUUGUGAUGCACAUUUUAAAAUGUUUGAAGUCAAUGCUGUUUUGAAGAAUAGCUUUUUUACUAAUUUAUUUAUUGGCUAAAGCCCCAUUUGUUACUUACCAUGGUUCUCCAGGCUAUUUGGAGCAUUCGUUCUCUGCCAAAUUUGUUCCAUUUUCUGACACCCAUAUUGGCAUUUGUUAUGCACUACUUUUGUAUCUUGGUGAGAGUUCUUUCCAACAGUCAGCUGUUUUAGGGCACACUUUUUGACUGAUGGCAUCUCCUUUGCAAUACCUCAAUUUUCUGAAUUUAGAAGAGAAAUUGAUAGUUUUGCUAUGUUUAUUAUUGAAAGGUCUGCAUAUAUAAUUUAACUCAGCAAAUAAAUGAUUUAACAAAUUGAUAAUUUUAUUUUUCCAUACAUUUUGCUUCCUAAAUUUGGAAGGUCGAAACAUUUAUAAACUAACAUGGUAACUUUAGGAGGACUCUUCCACAUAAAACUGCAGAACCUAAGUGCAGUAAUUUGAAAUGUCCCCAACUCCUUAAGUAAAAUUAAAGGCGUAAAAUCACCAAGAUAGUUUAAAUUAAUUUGAUUUAUAUAAAUCUUAAAUGAGCCCUUUUUAAGGGUGGGGUGGUGGUAGAAUGAUUUUUGUUUCAUCUGCUGUCAUUUCUUUCCUGAGACAACCUUAUUACUGUAGCACCUGAAUUAUUCAGCAUUGCCAUGGAGAAAAUGGCAAACACUGUAAUGCAUCUUUUUUAAAGAAAUCAUAUUUAUUUUCACUAUUUUUGUAGAAAUGUAAUUAUUUUGUUUUGAUUGUAUUAUUUUUAUAUUCUAAUAAGCUUGUUCACAUACUGUGUUCCCCGAAUGUAUGUAUUUCUGCCCAGGUGCAGGGCUCUGCAGAGAAAUUAAUUUUUUUAAAACCAUGCUGUGUUUUUGCAAAAGAAAACAUAAGCAAAUAUAUUUUAUGGGAAACACUUGACAUUUUAACCCCUGUUGCAUCUGGCCAUGAGGCCUUUCCUCAAAGAUGCUGAAAGACUUGAAUAUAACACAUUUUGGAAGGCUGACUAACCUCGACUCUGUGUUGUGAUGUGCAAUACUGUUUCUAAUGUUUGUAAGAAAAGAAAAAGAAUAACAGUGUAAACCUUUUAAUGCAGAUUUAUUUUUUUCAUUGCAUAUUUGCAAACUAGUUAUCCACAGUCAUUUUUUUACUGUCAGAAAUUUUACCCCUUUGUCAUGCUAAUAUUUUUAAAUCCAGAGAUCUUUGUACUGAUGUAAAUGAUUGUAGUUAUUUUGGAUAGUGUUUUGCUAAAAAAAGAUAAAAAGGAGAUACUUUUCAUGCAUAUUUGCCUAUUUUGUUCUUAUUUUAUUUUACUUUAAAAAUAUGACUACUUUUUCAACUGUAGCAUGAUACUUGGAAUAAUUUUCUUAUUCAGCCAGUGUCAUUAAUAUUAUUUUGUAUUUUUAUGUGAAAACAUAAUUUUAUGAUGCUAAUUCUUAAAAUUUAUUUUAUGUUGAUUUAUUUUUGGAGCUAAAAUCUUUGUAAUAUUGUUAAAGUCUCUAGAUUCUAAUUAAAUGCUUGUGUAUAGAUUCAGAGCAGUGGUUUACAGGAGUGUUUUGGUUGUAAUUAGCAACUAAUGGUUCUUGUUAUGCAAAUUAGACAGCCAUCAAUUUCUGCCAAUUCUGUUCAUUUUUUGUACUUUAUAGGGCAAGUUGAUUAGUACUUUUGAUUUUUAAAUAAAGGAGAACCCAUGCUUUUAUGGACACAAGAUCACCUCAAGCUUGAUUUAGUUUCAUUUUCAACUUCUUUACUUCCUUUGUUUUCAUAUUUCUGUUGAUGUCUAAUCCUCCAGUCUGUCUGUUGUACUGGUGAUAAUUCUGUACUGGAAUGGUUUGCUGCCACUAUUUAUAUUAAGUAAUUUUUAAAUAUUUGUAAUAUUAACUGUUGACUGAAUUAAUAAACCAUUAAACUAUU